UUGACAUUUACCGGUUGAACCGAAGUGGGGUGAUAAUCCAUUGUAAAUGAACAAAUCGUUCGCAGAUUCCAACGAAAACUUAAACUAAACGAGCGAUAUUUUUCGAAAUAACCCAACUCAAAAACGCCCGCUUUUAAAAAACCUCCAAAUCCACCUCAAAAAGGCUCCUCGACCGCCCCUAAAAACUUUUCGUAUACGCGAAGUUUCCGAAUCCAUUUGCUGAAUCCAUCCGUAAAAGUGAAAUAGUAAAAAGUACUUUUUAUCAAUGAAUAUGGCAGAUUCUGCUAGUGAAUCAGAUUCGAGCAGCAUCGAUGGAGGCCCCAUCAUGAUGCCACCGAGUCCUGUAACCCGGGAGCAACUCCAAAAAAGAAUCGAAAGCCUCCAACAACAAAAUCGAGUCCUCAAAGUCGAAUUGGAAACUUACAAGCUUAGAGUUAAAGCGUUACAAGAAGAGAAUAGGGGUCUUAGACAAGCUUCAGUUAUAAUCCAAGCAAAAGCUGAACAAGAAGAGGAAUACAUUUCAAACACAUUAUUAAAAAAAAUUCAAGCACUCAAAAAAGAAAAAGAAUCACUUGCGCACCAUUACGAACGCGAAGAAGAGUGCCUUACGAAUGAUCUGUCCCGAAAGCUAACUCAACUCCGUCAAGAAAAGUGUCGUUUAGAGCAAACGUUGGAACAAGAACAAGAGUGUCUCGUAAAUCGCCUCAUGAGAAAAAUUGAAAAAUUAGAAGCGGAAAUUCUCGCAAAACAAAGUAAUUUGGAACAACUUCGACGUGAAAAAGUCGAAUUGGAAAAUACGCUUGAACAAGAACAAGAGGCGCUUGUUAAUAAACUUUGGAAACGUAUGGAUAAACUUGAAGCGGAGAAACGCACGCUUCAAAUUAAACUUGAUCAGCCGGUUUCCGAUCCUGCAAGUCCACGCGACAUCAACAAUGGGGAUACCGCCAGCAAUUUGAGCACUCACAUUCAAACUUUGAGAUCGGAAGUGGCUCGAUUACGUCAAACUUUAGCGUUAAGUCAACAGGAGCAUACGCAAAAAAUGCAAAAAUACGCGCAAGAGGAACGUUGUAUUCGCGAGGAAAAUUUGAGAUUGCAACGAAAGUUGCAAUUGGAGGUUGAGAGACGGGAGGCUUUGUGUAGACAUUUGUCCGAAAGCGAGAGUUCUUUAGAAAUGGAAGAAGAGAGACAUUAUAAUGAACAAGUUUUGGGGGUUAGACAACAUACCGUUUCGCCAGUUCCAUAUAAUCCAUCACCAAGUCAAAGUAGACCAUUAAGUCCAGGUUUGAAUUUACAAGCACCUUCCCCAAGAGAUUCAUUAAUUGUAACCGGAAAUCGUUGCGUUGCUUGUGGUCAAAUGCAACCUCCUUCAGCGAUUCCAUCUUUACAACCACUGGGGUCAAGCAGUCCCCCGGUUUCAAACGCGGGGGCAAGAAGAAGCGGAGGAGAUCGUUUCAUAAAGCCUGCUAAUCCAGCCCCGCAACCGGCUAGUCCCAUGGAUACAUCAGUUGUAAAAGAGUAAAAAAGAUUUUUUUUUUGGUUGUUGAGAAAAAGCGAGAAAUUGAAACAAUUAAAAAAAAAAGCAAUCUUUGAAGGAAUGAAAAGAAAAAAAGAUGAAAAAAAUCGUAUAAAAAAUGAACCUUUUUGUUGGGAUUUGUUUCUUUUAAGAUUUUAAAACUUCCUUUAUUUAGGAAGGCAGCUUAUAAUGUCGGUUUUUAAUGAUAAAAAUGUUAAAAAGUUAUAAUACAAUGUGUACUUAAAGCAAAAAUCUUUUUUUCUGAAGUAACUCUGUCUGUUAUUGGUAGAUAAUAAGAGUUUUUACGAAAACAAAAAAAAACUUUCUAAAUGUGGUGUGAUUUUUCAAUUUUUUUUCAACGCAAUAAUUGAAGAAAAAAAGUUGCGCAUACAGGGUGAUUGCUUAAAAAAAUAAUAUCGAAAUAAACCGACUUCUUUAUUAAUAUUAAUCCUAAUUAAUUAAAUCCUUUAGCUAGUUUACUAUUUUACAUACAAGUUUUUAUUAUGUUAUUAUUGGAAGAAAAAAGUAAUUCAUUGAUGUUAUUAAAGUUAUUAAGUUUCCUUCAUUAUCUUUUGCUUAACGUUUUUAUAUACUCUAAUAAUAUCUUUAUAUUAUUUUUUAAUAAAUAAUAUCUUUAAGAAUGGCGACACAUUUUCUGAAGUGAUAUUAGGAUAUAGUUAAAUGUGUAUAUUUGGGACUAUAUUUCAAGGGCUGGGCUGUGUGAAGAAGCUAAAAAAUAUUAACCUGUUUAAAAAAAAGGCUAUUGUAACCAACAACACAUUUUACGUUUUAGUUAAUUAAAAACUCAAAAAAAAAUACAUAAACAAUAAUUAUUGUAGCUUAGCGCCGCGCACUGUUGUUCUAUCUGCUUAAACAACCACUUUUUACAACAACCGAAAAACCAUAUUAAAAACCACGCUUUUUUUUAUUAAUUUAUAAGUUAGUUUCAUUUUUUAUCUAUUAAUUUUUAAGUUUUCUUUUUCGCGUGGUUUAUAAAAUUACUUUUUUUAUUAAUUAAAUAAAGAAAUAUCAAUGGUUACCAGGCUUUGAUUGUUUCGGAUUUAAUUUUCUUUUUUAUAAUCGAAAAAAAAAAAAUAAUUAAAGAGUUAAAGGGGAUGAAAAGAGGUUGUUCGGCGGAGAUGUUUACUGCAAAAAAAAAAAUAAAAGCUAAUUAACUCAUUCACUAAUCGAGUAUAUUCAACACGGUGAAAUAAAUUUCAACGGUAUUUAAAUGUAUGAAAAAGCAUGUAUACAUUACAUCUUUAUCUUUUUUUUAUUGAUAUCGCUGGAAGAUGUAUAUUGUAUUGAUUUAAUAAAUAAAAAUGAUGAAAAAAAAUUCUCUUUGGAACUAAA